AUGGAAAUGAUAGAAUACAGAGAUGAGGAGGAGCUUUUGAAUCUUAGCCUUGGAAUUGUCACAGAUUCAAGAGUUGAGAGGACACGAAAGAGGAAAAGAAAGCUGGAUGCUUCAAUCCCUACACAUCCAUUUGAAGGUUGUGAUGGGAAGAUAUUCAGCCUCCUCCAAAUGAGGGAACAAAUGCUAAAACUAGACCGCAAGAGACAAGCACCAGUAGAAGAUGGAAAUGGCCUCAACCUGAUUCAUUUGCUGCUCAUAACAGCCACUGCAGUUGAUCAAAACAAGGUGGGCUCGGCGUUGGAGAACCUGAAUGAAUUGUACCGAAAUGUGUCCUCAUCCGGCAACUCAUUGCAACGAGUCGUGACCUACUUUGCAGAUGGUUUGGCAGCAAGGCUUCUUACACGAAAAUCUCCCUUCUACGACAUGAUCAUGAAGGAUCCUACAGAUGAAGAAAAGUUCUUCGCAUUUAUUGAUCUCUAUCGGGUCUCUCCGUAUUACCAGUUUGCUCAUUUCACUGCAAACCAAUCCAUUAUAGAGGCCUUUGAGGAGCAGGAGGAAACCAACAGCCGAUCAUUACAUGUAAUUGAUUUUGAUGUCUCUUAUGGAUUUCAAUGGCCUUCUCUGAUUCAGUCUCUUUCUGAGAAGGCAUCCAAUGGAAAUCGAAUAUCCCUCCGGAUAACAGGAUUUGGAAGCAGUUUGGAAGAACUGCAAGAAACAGAAAACAGAUUGGUAGGCUUCUCAAAGGGGUUUCGGAACUUGAACUUCGAUUUCCAAGGAUUGUUAAGAGGCUCUAGCCUCAUUAACAUAAGGAAAAAGAAGAACGAAACACUUGCAGUAAAUUUAGUUUUCUAUAUGAGCACUUUGAAUAAUUAUACGAAAAUCUCUGACACAUUGAAAACUGUACAUUCACUCAACCCCUCUAUCGUAAUCCUAGUAGAACAAGAAGGGAACCGAAGCCCACGAAGCUUCUUGUCCAGAUUCAUGGAGUCAUUACAUUACUUUGCAGCCAUGUUUGACUCGCUUGAUGAUUGCCUACCACUAGAAAGUUCCGAGAGGAUGGGAAUUGAGAAGAACCAUCUUGGUAAAAAGAUCAAGAGCCUGCUUAACUAUGACAAAGGUGAUUCUAAUUGCCCAACGUAUGAAAGGAUGGAAACAUGGAAAGCGAGAAUGGAGAGUCAUGGUUUUGCAGGAAUUAAAUCAAGCUCCAAGUCAAUGAUUCAAGCAAAACUUCUUUUGAAAAUUAGGACCCAUUAUUGUCCUGUUCAGUUUCAUGGGGAGAGUAGUGGUGGGUUUAGGGUUUCGGAGAAAGAUGAUGGAGGAGAUAUCUCUCUUCGGUGGCAAGAUAGGUGUCUGCUUACAGCCUCUGCAUGGCAUCCUAUAUGA